AUGCGACUUUUCUUCGGAAGCUCUAAGAAGAAGGACCAGCAGCAGGCCAGCCAGGCCCCUCCGUCCAAAAAUCUGCCUGAUGCCAUAAUGAAGAACAAGGAGGCUAUUGCUACUCUGGAAAAAAGAGAGCAGUUGAUUGAGAAAAAGAUGGCUUUGCAGGAACAGGACGCACGGACCCGUGCUGCUGCUAAGGAUAAGCGGGGUGCAUUGAUGGCUUUGAAGCGAAAGAAGAUGCUCGAGGGUGAACUUACAACUUUGAUGAAUUCACGAAUGACUUUGGAACAGCAAAUUUUGUCAUUGGAGUCGAGCCAGACCACAGCAGUGGCCGUCUCGGCCUUGGCUACUGGUGUGUCGGCCCAGAAGAUUAUGAACCAACAACUCAACAUUGACAACAUUGACGUUCUUAUGGACGACAUGCAGGAGAUGCAGGAUAUGCAAAAUGAGGUUGCUAAUGUCCUCGCUGGUGGGAACACUGUCAUGGACGACGAGGACCUCCUCAAUGAACUUGAUGAAAUCGAGGCUCAGGAGUUGGAGGCCAAAAUGGUCGAUGCGGCGCACGUCCCUACUGGUGGAGUGGUGGCCGAGCCGGCAGUGCCUGCCCGACCUCAGCAGUCAGUGGCAGAGUCCUCUAGGCCUCAGCGGAAUGAUGGUCUGACGGACGAAGAGGCUGACCAGCUGGCCGCCCUGCAAGCCCAGCUUGGCUGA